GAUAACCACCGUGAAUAGGUGAACGAUACCAUGAAGGCGCUCGUUUUCAUGCAGUUGCUGAUUUCAUUCGUUGAUCAAAGUAUAUGUGCAAAACUCCAAAUCAUUAAUGGUAGAGUGUCCGUCCCAGGGGCACAUCCCUACCAAGCGUCCCUCCAGCGGUAUGGCGCAUUCGGAUAUGCUCACAUCUGUGGAGGAGUAAUCAUUAGCAGUGAAUGGGUUCUUACAGCAGCGCAUUGUACAAUUGACAUGACUCUUGGGUACUACAGAGUCCUUGCAGGCGUUCACAAUGUUACAGGUGAUGGUCAGCUUGGAGCUAUCAGAGAAAUACAUCAGCAUCCUGACUACGUGGACAACCAGGCGAGUGGCUACCCCAAUGACAUCAGUCUGCUUCGUGUUGAGCCAUUUACUAUGGAUACACGUGUCCAGGCGUUACCUCUACCCAGUGGAAAUUCAAAUUUUGCUGGUCUGAUAUGUACCAUGACAGGAUGGGGUGUCACUGAAAGUGGUUCUCCUUCGGGAGGCCUCAGAGAGACCAGCGACGUGGUCCUCACGGGAGCCCAGUGUCAAGUUGGGUGGACGGGCAUUGAUAUCAGGGACGAGUAUCACAUAUGUGUAGGGAUCGGAGAUACAGGCCCCUGCCAGGGGGAUAGUGGAGGACCGUUGAUUUGUAGAGAAAAUGGCAGCUCGGUGUUGGCGGGCUUAGCAUCUUGGGCGUAUGCAAGCUGUUCUGAGUUUCCCUUCGUCUACGCCAGAGUGAGCUCAUACUUACCUUGGAUUUGCAACACUUCCGGGGUGUGUUGAUCCACGUGAAAGGUUGUGCACUUCCACGUUAUCUAAUUCUGAAACUGUUUAAUUGCAAUUACGGACUAUUAUUGAAGGCCUAUUAUUAGAG